GUGGACGUACGUAUUUAUUAAUUUUUAGGGAGCUAACACAUUGGAUAUACAACCAAUACAAUGUAAUACAAUAAUCUUCUUUCUUCGCCUCUACUGUCGUCUGUGUGGCUGGUUCCAGCAACAAGCCAAGAACCGGAGAGUUUCUACGAACUGGCUUGCUUGCCCCGCAAGGAUGCUAAAAUCUCACGCCGCCGUUGCUUUAACACGGACUCCACGUUACCUACGCCCCAGCUUAGACUACUUUAUACUGCAGUUGCAGUGUUACAUCUGCGGGUACGGCACUGUUACCAGUGGCCAUGGCACAUUCCGUGGGGGAGGAACAAGAAGGGACAGGUCCGACGAUUAUCAAGAAGGCUUCUACUUUUAGACCUGUUUUGUCUUCACAAGUAAAACACUCCAAAACAAAAGAAAGAAAGAACGAAAGAAAGAAAAAGAGAAACACGCUGUAGAACAUAGCCUCGCAACUACAGUCAACAAUCAAGAUGGAGCCCAAAAUCGAGUACUCCAAAGUCGACGAUGUAUCUAGCGACUUCUCAGAGGAAUUCCAGCGUCUUCCGCCCAGACAGCGGCCAUGGGCCUCUCUUUUAACGGCUUUCUUUCUCGGCCUCCUUGCAAUGGGAGCGUCCAUGACCUUAUAUUCUAUCCUUACUCUAGACUCACACGCACGCAUCAUUCCACAAGCUGCCGAUGGUACAGACCCCAAAACCGGUCUUCCUCUAGCCUGGUCCAACGGCGACUGCGGCAACUCACCCGAAGAAGCCAAGGCCAGAGACUGCCAAUACAGCAUCGUUCUGCACUCAUGGCUACCCAAGUCAUGCUUGACCGAAGCUGAUGAGGAGGAUGCACAAGACAUGUACAAGGACCGUCAUUGGCCGUAUGAGAUCGCCUCUGGUAGGAAUCUCACAAUGGAUGGCCUGGCGUUGGGCGACUACGGACACUUCACAACGACUUUUGACUGGCAUGUCACGCACUGCAUGUUUGUCUGGAAGCGGCUGCACAGAAUCAUGCUGGAUCCGACACAGGAGUUGGAUUCGUAUACUGCGAAUUAUCACCACACAAGCCACUGCGUCAAGAUGAUUGGCGGGCAUCCCGGCGGCAUGAAGGAUUCGGGGACGAAGAUUUUUGUAAAGUAUCCCAAAUGCGCAAAAUGA